CUGCACCGCGGCCCCGGCGCUCCCUCCGCCGCCAGCGCGGAGCGACCGGGGCACCGGGGCGGGGCCGGGGCGGGCGGAGCCGCAGCAGCCGCGGGGCGGCCGUCGUCCCCCUGCCCGUCCGGUCCGGCCAUGGGCUCCCCCCGCCGCCCGGAGCCGCCGCCCCCCCCCGGGCCGCCCCCCCCGGCGCCGCCGCCCCCCCCCGGGCCGCCCCCCCCGGCGCUGCCGCCCCCGGGGCCGCCCCCCCCGCCGGGCGAGCGGCUGCGGGCGCUGCACUGGGAGCCGCUGUCCCCGGCGCGGGUGCGCGGCCGCCACUCGGUGUGGGCUCCGCGGCCCCCGCCGCCGCUGGACCUGCCGCGGCUCCGGCUGCUCUUCCGAGAGCCCCGCGGGGCCGCCCCGGGGCAGCGCCCGGCGCCCGCGGUGAGACCCCCCGACCCCCCCGACCCCCCCGAACCCCCGCGCUCCCCGGCCGCACUGACCCCCCGGCCCCCCCAGACCGCGCUGCUGGAGCCCAAGCGGAGCCUCGCCCUCGGCGUCUUCCUCAAGCAAGUCAAGCGGCCCGUCCGCCAGAUCGUGCAGGACAUCCGCGACGGCGUCGGGGCUCCGUACGGGGCCGAGAGGCUGCGGGAGCUCUCCCGGCUGCUGCCCGGCGCCGCAGAGGUGAGUGCUGGGGGGGGGGCGGCCCCGGCGAACCCCCCUGACCCGCGCUCUGCCCGCAGGUGGCCCGGCUGCGCUCCUUCCCCGGCGGCGCCCAGCAGCUCCCCGAGCCCGAGCUCUUCAUGCUGCUGCUCACCGACGUGCCCAGGUGGGGGCCGGGCUCCCGGGGUCCCGUGUGCCGGGGGUCCCGUGUGCUGGGGGGUCCCGUGUGCAGGGGGUUCCGUGUGCAGGGGGGUCCCGGGGGCCGGGGGUCCAGUGUGCCGGGGGGUCCCGGGGGCUGGGGGAUCUUGUGUACCGGGGUCCCGUGUGCCGGGGAUCCCGGGGGCCGGGGGGUCCCGGGAGCCGGGGGUUCUUGUGUACCGGGGUCCCAUGUGCAGGAGGUCCCACGUGCCACGGUCCCGUGUGCCGGGGGGUCCCGUGUGCCGGGGGUCCCUUGUGCCGGGGUCCCGUGUGCCGGGUCCCGGACCCCCGCUCUCCCCUCGCCCCCAGCUACGCGCGGUGCCUGGAGCUGCUGGUGCUGAAGGAGGAGUUCUGGCCCCGGCUCAGCGCCCUGCGCGGCUCCAUCCAGACGCUGACGGACGCCGCCGGCGAGCUGCUGCGGUGCGAGGAGCUGCACACCAUCCUGCACCUGGUCCUGAGCGCCGGCAACCACCUCAACUCGGUGAGCCCGCGGGAACCGCUCCCGCGGUGACCCCCGGUGACCCUCCGGUGACCCCCGGUGACCCCGCUCGCUCCCAGGGCGGCUACGCCGGCAGCGCCGCCGGGUUCCGCGUGUCCUCGCUGCUGAAGCUGCCGGACACCAAGGGCAACGAGCCGGGCGUGGACCUGCUGCACUUCGUGGCCAUGGAGGCGGCCAGGGCGGACCCGAACCUGCUGGAGUUCCCCGCCAAGAUGCCGCACGUGGGCCCGGCCGCGCGCAUCGAUGUGUCGGAGGUGGAGGCGGAGCUGCGGCGGCUGGCGGGGCGGCUGGAGGGGGCUCGGGGCCCGGGGGGCCCGCCGCUGCAGCCGUUCCUGAGCGCGGCCGACGAGCAGCUGCGCGGGGCGCGGGACGCGCUGCAGCGGAUGCAGCGGGCGGCGGCGGCCGCGCUCGAGUUCUACUGCGAGGAGGCGGCGCCCGGCGGGCUGCGGGAGCUCUGCGCCGUGCUCAGCGCCUUCGCGGGACGGCUGCGGGCGGCCGCGCAGGAGAACCGCGCCCGGGAGCAGGCGCAGCAGCGGCGGCAGCAGCUGGAGCAGGAGCGGCUGAAGCGCCGCUCCAUCGCCACGUGCUCGGCGCGGGACGCGUCCCCCCGGCCCCGCGGGCCCUUCCCGCUGACGCCCCAGCCCGGCCGGCACGGGCUCCGCGCCCCCCGGCCCGGCCCCGCGCCCCCCGGCAGCCCCCGCCCGGCCCCCGCCCCGCAGGGCCCCCCCCGCCCGCCCGGCGCCCCCCCGGCGCUGCAGCGGCGGCACACGGCCCCGGAGCUGCCCGAGGCGCGGGGCUGCGCGCAGGGGGCGCCCCGCGACCCCGCCCCCCCCCGAGCCGCCCCCCCCGGCCGCUGCCGCCCCCCCCGCCGGCCCCGCGCGCCCCUUCAGCCUGGCCGCCCUGUUCCGGGGCAGCGGGGCCCGCGGGGACCCGGAGCCCCCCCCCGCCGCCCCCGGCCGCGCCCCCCGGCGGCUCGGCGCUGCUCGGCUUCCUCCGGCGCCUGGCGGGCGGGAGGGGGCGCGGGGCCCCCCCCAGCUGAGGGGCGCGGGCUCCGUUUUACCCCCGUGUCCCCAGCCCCUCUGCUUCCUUGUGACAAUAAACGCUGAGAAUUCCCACGGCUUCCUUCCCCGCGGGGGGGCCCAC